UCAGCGCUGGAGGCGGUGUGCAGCUCUUUAUUGUUCUGCUGGAAAGCUUGAUCCGCGGCCGGCCGCGUUUGUUUCGAUGGCCGCCGUUCAGAAGCGCCGUCCCAUUUAAGAGGGAGCGGCCCAACUGCGAGGACGACACAGAGGUACCGAGCGGUGGAUCGGGAUUUCUCCGACAUAAAAGCAGCUCCUUUCUGGUGGGCAGUGUGCGGAUCCUGGAGGAGGAAGACGGGACGUGAACAUCGGUCCCUGCUGCCUUUUAAAAGCCCAUCACCAUGUCUGAACUGACCGAGAGGCCCUCCACAGCCGGACAGCGGCUGGGCGCCCCGGAAAGCUUCGGAGUAUCCACACUGGAGCCCGGCAUGCGUCCUCCGGUCCAGGCCCCGGGACGGCAGGUUUCCAUUCGGGUUCAGAUGCUCGAUGACACUCAAGAGGUCUUCCAUAUAUCCCAACGCGUGCCUGGGAAAGUGCUUUUUGACCUUGUCUGUGUCCACCUCAACCUGACUGAAGGGGACUAUUUUGGGCUUGAGUACACGGAUCACCGGAAAAUGACGGUGUGGCUGGACCUCCUGAAGCCGGCGCUGAAGCAGAUCAGACGACCUAAAAACACCAUCCUUCGCUUUGUGGUGAAGUUCUUCCCUCCUGACCACACGCAGCUCAUGGAGGAGCUGACUCGGUAUCUGUUUGCCCUGCAGAUCAAACGCGACCUCGCCUGCGGUCAUCUGAUCUGCAACGACACCAGCGCCGCCCUCAUGGUUUCCCACAUCAUUCAGUCUGAGAUCGGGGACUUUGACGAGACGCAGAGCUGGCAGCACCUGCUGCACAACAAGUAUCUUCCAGACCAGGACGCCAUCAGAGACAAGAUCAUCGACUGCCACCGCCAACAUGUUGGGCAGACUCCAGCGGAGUCGGACUACCAGCUGCUGGAAAUUGCUCGGCGGCUGGAGAUGUACGGCGUCCGGCUGUACCCUGCCAAGGACAGAGAGGGAACGAAGCUCAGCCUGACGGUGGCGCACACCGGUGUUUUGGUUUUCCAGGGUUACACAAAAAUCAACGCUUUCAACUGGUCCAAGAUUCGCAAGCUGAGCUUCAAGCGUAAAAGGUUCCUCAUCAAACUGAGAGCCGACCCCUCUCAGAACUCCCACCACGACACACUGGAGUUCGCCAUGGCCAGCAGGGACUGCUGCAAGGUGUUCUGGAAGAUCUGUGUCGAAUACCACGCCUUCUUCAGACUCUUCGAGGAGCCCAAACCUAAACCCAAGCCCAUCCUCUUCACCAGGGGUUCCUCAUUCCGGUUCAGCGGGAGAACGCAGAAGCAGAUCAUCGACCACCUGAAAGACUCUGAGCUGAAGAAAGUCCCUUUUGAGAGGAAACACAGCAAGGUUCUGUCCAGCAGCAGCAUGUCGCCGCACUCGUCUUCCUUCAGAUCCCAAGUGCCAAAAGAGAGUGCCACAUCUGUCCUGUUAGCAGACCAGCCAGACUCGGCCAAAACCAACGGCACCGAGGAGCCUCCGACCAACAGCGCCCUCAACUCGGACCCGAGCCGACAGAACCACAACGGAGCGGCCCAGCACCUCCUGAACCCAGACGGCUCCGAAUCCAAAGAAUCUCCACAGGAAAGUCCCCGGCUGGUUCCGAACGGUGGCGGCCCAGGGGAGGGUCAGGAGAGGGGUGUCACCGGCAUGGCGGAUUUGUGUCAGAUUCCAGGCGGUCAGCCGCUGUCGCCGCUCACCAGCCCACUGCUCAUUGAGGCCGGAUACGUCCGCCAUGAUGACGAAGAGGAGGCGAGGAGGAAGAAGUUUCCCACAGACAAAGCGUACUUCAUGGCCAAAGAGCUGCUGACCACAGAGCGGACCUUCCUCAAGGACCUGCAGGUGAUCACCGAGUUCUUCCAGAAAGCUGCAGGGAAAGAUGAAGCCUUUCCAGACGGCGUUAAGAACCUCAUUUCUUCCCACUACGAUCCCGUCUACAGGUUUCACCAGGGAUUCCUCAAAGAGACGGAGCAGCGGCUGGCUCAGUGGGAGGGUCGGUCCAACGCUCACAUCAAAGGAGAUUACCAACGAAUUGGAGACGUUUUACUGAAGAACAUUCAGGGAUUGAGGCAGCUGACGGUUCAUCUGCAGAAGCAUUCGGAGUGCCUGGUGGAGCUGGAGCGAGCUUGUAGGUCGAGUCGCAAGGUGGAGGCCGUGUGCAGGGACUUUGAGCAGCAGAGGGUUUGCUACCUGCCGCUUUACAUCUUCCUGCUGCGGCCGCUGCACCGCCUGCUGCACUACAAGCUGAUCCUGGAGAGGCUCUGCAAGCACUACCCUCCCACCCACGACGACUUCAGGGACAGCAGAGCCGCCCUGGCAGAGAUCUCGGAGACGGCGCAGCAGCUUCAGGGCAUCAUGAUGAAGAUGGAGAACUUCCAGAAGCUGCUGGAGCUGAGGAAGGAUCUGACCGGCGUGGAGAACCUCGUCACGCCUGGCAGGGUGCGUCUCCCUCCACGCUGUCGCUUCCUCAGGUCUGCUGGACUCCAGCUGACGGGUCGUGUUUGUGUUUGUGGCCUGCAGGAGUUCAUCAGGCUGGGCUGCCUCAGCAAGCUGUCAGGGAAAGGUCUGCAGCAGAGGAUGUUCUUCCUGUUCAGUGAUUGUUUGAUGUACACCAGUCGAGGAACAACUCCGUCCAACCAGUUUAAGGUCCAUGGCCAACUGCCGCUGUACGGCAUGACGAUUAGAGAAAGUGAGGAGGAGUGGGGGGUCCCUCAUUCGUUUACGCUCUUUGGACAGCGGCAGUCUGUAGUGGUGGCAGCCAGUUGUGCUGCAGAGAUGGAGCGCUGGGUGGAGGACAUCAGGAUGGCCAUCGACCUGGCAGAACAGAGCAGCAGUCCAAACGCCGAGCUGCUGUCCACCAGUCCACCCGACACCAAGCCUUUGGAGGACGCUGGAACUGAGCUGGAGUCGGAAGAGGAGCUCUGCGGCUCGCGCUCGUCCCUCGAGCGUCAGAGUCACCGUGGCAACACCACCGUUCACGUCUGCUGGCAUCGCAACACCAGCGUGUCCAUGGUGGACUUCAGCGUCGCCGUGGAGAACCAGCUCUCAGGUAACCUGCUGAGGAAGUUCAAGAACAGCAAUGGCUGGCAGAAACUCUGGGUGGUCUUCACUAACUUCAGCCUGUUUUUCUACAAGUCACACCAGGAUGAGUACCCUCUGGCUAGCCUCCCUCUCCUGGGCUACUCCGUCACUGUCCCGGCCGAGUCCGAGAACAUCCACAAAGAUUACGUCUUCAAGCUUCACUUUAAAUCCCACGUGUACUACUUCAGAUCAGAGAGCGAGUACACAUUUGAACGGUGGAUGGAGGUGAUCCGCAGCGCCACCUGCUCCGCCAGCCGCCUCCUGCUGAGCUCCAGGAAGGAUCUGUACUGAUGACUCUGUCAUCUUCACAUCUCCACCUCGGCCUUACACAAAACCACAGACUUCUCUUCCAGCCUUCUAACAAUUACACUUUUUUACACACCAACACAAUCAGAGGCCCUCAAAGUUUCUUUCACACCAUUUAUUUUCAAUGUUCUUACUUUUUCUGUGCCAAACUAAAAAAUAUUAGCAGUAUUGUCCUUAUUUUCACUUUUUUAACUCGACAAAUUCAGAGAUCCAUAAACCAGAUGUGUGGAUUAAUCAUAAUGCCAGAUUAGGACACAGAAACCAUGCUUUUCUUUUUGUAAUUCCUCUUUGUACAGUAUUUUGAGAACACUGUGAAAAUAGUUUUUUUUUUUCCUUUUUCGUUUUGUCUUCAUUGAAAAGAAACACUUCAGACCUGCUUCCAAAGCCGACAGAGAUUUUCUAUCUUCAUCGCCUUCUUCCCAGUAUUUUUCCAGCUUUCUGGAAUUGUUUUGAAAAGUUUGUGUUCAUAUGAGAAAUAAACAAAGCAAAUCACA